GNGAAUCUUCAUGCAAUGAAUAAGUCGAUGAGUUAAUAUUUAUUGUUUCUAAUCUUAUUUGUUGAAUGGAACUGCGUUCAAAAUGUGUGGAAAUGGAUAUUCUUUCUUAUGAUCUGAAAAUAUGUUGUGGAAAUGGAUUUCGGACCCCUUGUGAAUGGAUGAGGUAAUUGCUGCCUAUGUUUGCAUCCCAUUGCUCCCAUUGUUUCCUUGUGAUAAAGGUCGGAAAUAGACUAAUAUUCUUUCUCAUAAUCUGGAAAUAUGUUGAAAAGAUCGAUGUCGAACCCUUUGGUGAAUGGAUGAGGUAGAUCAGGACCCUAAACCUCUAGAAGUCGUGCAGCCUGUAGUUGUUGCCCGUGUUUACAUCCCAUUGUUUUGUUGUGAAAGAGGUUGGAAAUAGACAAUAAUAUUCUUUCUCAUGAUCUGGAAAUAUGUUGUGAUGAUUAAUGUCGAACCCUUUUGUGAAGUCUAUGUUGAACGCAGAAGUCGAGUAGCCUGUGAUUGCUGCCCGUGCUUGAUCUCAUAAUCUCGCAAUAUGUUGCGGAGAUCGAUGACGAACCCCUUUGUGAAUGGAUGAGGUAGCAAACCCCUUCGUGAAUAAAUAAUUUUUGAUAAGUGUCGGGUAAUAGGAGGGCGGGCUUGACACCACAGGUGAAGUUGGUGGUUGUCUGGUAAAUGCAACGUGUCCCAAACAAAUCAACAAACUAUUUCCUCUUUUAUUCCCUUAAUUUUCCCUCCUUUCUCCAACCGAACCAUGGAAGCCUUGCUCCCAAUUUCUACCUCUCCCUUCCGAUUCCCUCCCACAGCCAAUACCAGCCCUCGUCCUGUUUCUCCUUUCCCCCUCAAUCUGCGUUCAAAUUCGCUCAAUAAGCGGAGACGAACGCCCACGUUUGCGGCCAUUGAUGGCGCUUCGCUUGCAGCAGCAGCAGCCGAUCCCACUCAGGUUGAAAUCACUUGGCAGAUUGUCGUGGGAGCGAUUGCUGGAGUGACCCCGUUCGUCGUGGCCGGAAUCGAGUUCAGCAAGAGGAUUGUGGCUCAGAAGAGAUGUAAAGAAUGUGGUGGUUCGGGGCUUGUUUUGAUGGACAAAGACUACUUCCGUUGCCCUGAAUGCGGUUUGGCAGGUGGUUUUUUGCCAUGGCAGUCGUGGAGGCGAUUCUUUUCGGGCUAAAGAAGACAGUCAUUAUUAUGUCUCUUUUAAAACCCUGUAAUUCUACAGAUUUCAAAGAAAGAGGUUCAGGAUCUUCAUCGUUGAUGGCGAGGCGAGGAACAAAAGAAGCAAUCCGUUCGGUAAUUGUAUGUAUUUGUGGUAUAAAAAGCUAUUUACAAGUUCACCAAGUUUCUUAAUUAUUACUUGCAUGCUUAUUAAUGUUGAAUCCAAGUGCAUAAGUUUCAGGAUUAAAUUUUACCAUCAGCCUAUUUUUACAAGAAAGCUGUAAAAUCUCUUUAUAUUAGGCCCUUUUGCUCUUUGUCACAUGAGAUAUGCAGACUGAAGCAUGUUUGAUUAGGAUUAAGGGGGAUGUUGGGAAACAGAAUUUGUAAUCUCUGACUGAUUUCCAUUAGCAUUAUGUAUGAUAAAGCAUUCACAAAUGUAUGAUUCUAUUUUAGCGAUCACAUAGUUUUUGUGAAAUUAUUUGAAUUAAUGAAUUAGGUUUUCCUA